AAGACGCUCAGUGCGGAAGAAGCUUCGAUGCAGGUCUACCCGGAGCAGGGGCAGUGGCUGAAGAGCAUGAUGCGAGCCAUACGAGCAAGGUUUGUGCUGGAAGUCGGAACGUUCACGGGCUACAGCAGCACCUGCAUUGCCAGCUCCCUCCCAGCUGACGGCAAACUGGUCUGUCUGGACGUGAGCGAGAAGUACACGUCGAUAGCUCGAGAAGCGUGGGGGAGAGCAGGGCUGCAGGAGAGGAUAGAGCUGCGGUUGGGGCCGGGUCUUGCAGAGAUGGAGAGAAUGAUCAGAGACGGAGAGGGAGGGUUUGAUGCAAUCUUCAUCGACGCAGACAAGGAGAGUUACGACGAGUACUACGAGGCCGCCCUCCUCCUCCUCCGAGAGGGUGGGGUUGUGCUGCUUGACGAUGCUCUAUGGUCAGGGCGUGUGGUGGGGGAGGCGGAUGCGGUGGAUGAAGAGACGAGAUCUAUUAUCCUGCUCAAUGACAAGAUGGCAAGGGACCCUCGUGUCAGCUUCAUCCUAGACCCCAUUGGUGAG